GGGGCGGGGGCGGUGCCGGUGGUGUCGGGCCGGGUCGGGAGCGCCCGGUCCGGAGCCCGGCGCGGGGCCGGUGGAGACAAGAACUGCAGCACAGUUUUUGCUACUGAACCUGACCACUGUCAAUAAUGGCAAGACUCCCAAGAGCUGCACCAUAUACCCUGUGGGUCCUUCUUUUUUCAUAUACAGCAAAUGAAGGACACGUACAGGAAUUUGCAUGCUUCACUGACUAUGACAAAGAGCUGGUUUGUCACUGGAAGGUGUCUGCACAGACCAAUUGCUCCAAACAAUUCCUGCUCUACUACAGCAAGGAAGCUUCUUCUGUGUUAAACAUGUGUGUUCCUGAGAAUGAAAAAGACAGUUUAAGGUGCACUUGUACAAUAUAUCCAGAUUAUUUUGUGUCAGGCCUCACAUAUAUUCUAGCCCUACAAUUCAAUGGCACUGAUGUGUGGAAUUUCAAUGUUACACCAGCCCUUGUUGUUAAGCCGAGGGCCCCCAAAAAUCUUGCCAUUGAGAAAGCUGAAAAUGGUAACUUCAACCUGAGUUGGGAGGAGAGCCACUCUCCUUCAUCCUUGCUCUCUGGACAGCCAGUCAUCUAUGAAGUGAGGUACUGGAGGAAGCAGCACCCGACAGAGGUUUCUGUUAAAGCAAUUAACUACCAGGCAAAAAGCUUUGAGAUUACUGCCAGCUCCUUGAAGAGAGGCUACGAUUAUGUUGCAAGUGUCAGGUGUAACUACAUGGACUUCCCAGCCUACUGGAGUGAAUGGAGUGAAGAAGUUGAAUUUCACUAUGAUUACCCGGCGAGGGCUGAAGACAUUCUGCAGAUGGCUGUGCCCACAUCCUGCGUACUGAUCAUGGCAGGAUCUGUAAUUUGUUACUUCUGUGUCAGCAGGGUGAAGAAAGAAUGGUGGGAUCAAAUCCCAAAUCCAGCAAAGAGCCAUUUGGUUGCAAAAAAUGUCAAGUUUUCAGUUUCGUGCCACUUUGAUGAAAUUAAGUUCCCAUUCCAUGACUUAAAGCAGAGUCAUAUGGAACAACAAAUAAGUUGCAAGAGCUGUCUGGCUCAAAGUUUGUCAAGCCAAAACUUCAAGGGAAAAGAUAACAUCAGAAAUGUUGAGAAAUCUUGCAGUUGCCACAGCAAGUCUGGAGAGUGGUUGCCAAAAGGCAGCAGUGCAGUUUUAACCCCUGUUACCACACCAGUCGAAGAGUGUGUAGAAAUCUCUCUGUGUUUAACAGACAGUGAAACUGAGACCCAAGAAGAAACUGGCAACCAGAUGACCGUGUUGGAGCCCUGUGAAGGCAGCAUUGGUGCUUUCAGAGAGCACAAUGAGUUACUGGCUAACAUGUUUGAUGCACUCCUGGCAGAUGAAAAUAACAUGCAAGACAAUAAGGGCCCAAACAUCCCCACAGCUGAGAAAAAAUCCUUAAAGAACAUGGGGUCAGAAAACCCAUCACAGCAAAAUCCAAAAGAAAGCCCAGCCCAGAGUCUGCAACCAUGUGAUAUUUCUCAUACAGCUCCCCUUUUCACCAGAGCCUCUAAAGAUGACUACAAUUGCAGUACAGCCAGCAAAGAGUCAGAGCUAUCAGAAGAAUCCUUUGAAUCUGGCUAUCAGAGCUCCAGUAUAAAUUCUGCUUCUCUGGAUGCAAGAGAUCUUCAACAAAUGGUUCAUCAAAGCCUUUUCCUGUGUGGUUCUGAAAGUGAGCUUGACUCUUGUGUCCUGAUCCAGGAGUCUACAGAUAAAUCAUUGUCUGGAGCCAAAACAGACAGAAUGAACAGCCCUGCAGACAAGAGUUUUGACAGCUUUGUGUCUGCGUCCACGGGCUUGUGUGGCUCUGGCUACAAGAGCUGUGACACGCUUUUGUCUCCAUCCCCAGAGCCCCGUGGCUCUGCCUACAGGAGCUUUGAUGUGCUGGUGUCCGCAGGCAAGGAGCCCAGCAGCUCUGCCUACAGGAGCUUCAGUGCCCUGGUGUCCCAGCCCGUGGCUGGCAGGGGCCUGGCUCUGGCCUCUGCAGGUGAGCCCUCCUCCCUGCCCGUGCCAGGUGCCCCAGGGACGCUGGAGUGCAGCUGCAGAGCUCACGGCGCUCAGCCUGCCAGCAGCCCCCCGUGCUCCAGCAGCCUCAGAGCCCCCCGCGCCGAGCUGGGCCUUCCAGACGCCUGUGCAGAGCACGCGGAUUUUCUGUCUUUCUCCACACAUGCAAGUGAAGGUGCUUCAUUUUUUCUUUCAGAGGAAGAGACACAUAAGCAAGUAAUGUAUCAAAAUGUUCAAAGGAAAGCAAAUACAAUUUCUUGCCCCGUUGCACCUCAGCCCUCUGGUUAUCAGCCUUUUGGCAGUGCAGGUAAACAGAGCAGUCUGUACUGGGACAGUGACAAUGAGGUUCUCUCUACAUCACUAGGUGAGUCCUUCAUUCAUCUGUGCAACAGCCUGAGUGAAGCACCUGCAGACACUGCAGUCUGUGAACCUGGCCCGAGGAUACAGGACAGUGUGUGUUUGACUGUCCAGGGCUCUGACUGCACCAUUGUCCCAGGUUUAGCAUCUGGUGAGAAUGGCACACAGACUGGUGAUGGCAGCCCUCAGAUCAACAGUGCUAAUGAGCUGUCUGGUGAUAGCAAUGGUGGGAACACCAGCAGAGAUGAACAGCUGGUGCAUUUGUUAGAGAUGAAAUGUCAAGAUUUAAACAGCAGAGGAAGAGCUACAAAGGGAACAAAAUGGAAAAGCUUUAACCCUUCUGGUAAAGUAAUGCAAGAGGGUGGUGAUAACAGACUAAAACACUGACUUGCACUGCCACUCAGACAACCACUUGAGGGAACUUGGAGAUGCAGGGGGAAGUGAAGAGGUGCUGAAGCAUGCAGAUGGGGGUGGGGCUGUGGCUCAGCAGUCAGCUCACCAGCAUGGCUGGGCAGUGCUGGGCUAAACUUAGGAAAACUGCAGAGCCCCUGGAGCUCCAUGGCUCAGACAAGGUGUUACCUUGUCAUCUUGGGAGUAGCUCCUCUCCUGAUUCUCGCACAGUGUGUGGGGACCCCAGACUGGCACUUGCAGUUAAAAAAAAGACCAGUAGAACUGUUAAUGGAAAACAGCAGGAAGAAUGGGAAAAAGAUGAAACUUGUGCAAACCCUUGCCCAAGAGGAUAACUGCUGUAUGGAGGUAGGCUAGCCACAUAGUUCAGCCACUAGACUGAACCAGUCUUUGGAAGUGAACUGUAUGGCAAGUUGAAUAGUUGCUUGUUUUUUCAAUCACGACUGAAGUGAGGGCUGCUGCAGGCCAGCCAUGGUUCAUUGGGUUGUAGCACUCCUGCCUGCCUGGGAGUGGCAGCUGGGGCAGGAGGCAGAGCCCUGGGACAGCUGGGGUUAGUGCCCAGCAGUGGCAGCCACAGCUCACGGGACGAGGCCAGAGCUGGUGUCUCCACCUGUGAGCAGUCUCUAAAAGGGAGCAGCAGCUGCAGGAAGCAGAGUUCCUAGUACAGCUUCUGUGGUUAUUGGCCUGGCUGUGUGUUGCUUGGGAAGCACACAAAGGUGAUGUGGAACGGGCUGACACACCUGAAAGUGGGAUAUAGGUCUGGGUCCAAAGGGAAGGUGAUUGAUUUAUCACACAGCUUCCAUAACUUACUUAUUUUGGGUUCCAUAACUUACUUAAGUCCUGUGUGUUUAGCCCUGGCAUGGGAUGUAUGUUUCUAUAUCUGCUCAAUUAAAUAAAUAUUUUCUAUACCUGCUCAAUCAAAUAAAUGAAAUAAAGAUUACCAUCAUUUGCACUUACGCAGUGCU